CAACUCCAAAUCAGUUUUACGACUAUUGUGCUUUGAGUUCCACUCCGUUAUAUACCCCCAGUAUGGAAUAGCGGUGCGUAUGCAAUAUUAAUUAGCAAUAACCAAUUUACGCAGCGUCGACUGAUAAUAUAGACGGUCGUUAGUGCGUUGCGGCGGGUAGCAUGGAGUCCCCCCGUGGCCGAGCGGCGCGCGCGCACCACUCGUGUACACGUCUCCGCGUAAAAAUAAAGUCCGCGCCGAGCUCUCGCGUACUUCAACCCAUUUAUAAUUAUUAGUAAAUCGCAGCCCGAGAGCACGACUGCCGUCGCCGCCGGCCGCUCGCGAAAAACAUUUAAACAUUCGGAAACAUUGUGCCAGUGCUCGGCGUCCUGCCGCGAGCCCUUGCCUGCUUUAACUAGACAACGUCACAAAAUCCCUAACACUGAAGCUCGCUCGAACCGUAUUAUCGAAUCCGCGACUCCUACGUAAUAGAUACCGGUAUCUCGGAACGCUGAAACAAACUGACUUAAUGUUGAUGUGUGUGUUGUGUUUGUGAUUAUUUUAUAUCAGUGAUAACAGUGCAGUGAAAUUUAAACAAAUAUGCCUGAAAGACCUAAAAGGCGUAAAAAUAAUAAAAACAAACGUAAAAAUAAAAACUUUCGUGCAGAACCUAAUGUAAGCAAUAGUCGUUCAAAUAAUGAUGGUGACACGCAGUCUUUUGAAAACAAAGACGUAGAGAAAUGUGAAACUGAUUCUAUUGUAGAGGAAAAAAUAGCGAUAGAUAAUUUAUCAGAAAAAAUUACAAUAAAUAAGUCUAACGAUUUUGAAAACGUCGAAAAAAUUGUGGAACAUAAUUGUGAAAAUGAUGAUAACGCACAGAAGAAAGAAAUUAUAGAUAAUUUAUCAGAAAAGACUUCAUCAAGUACAUCUGAUAAUAUAGGUCAGGUCGUAAAAAAUGUGGAAGAGAAAUAUGAAAUCGAUUCCAGUGUACAAAAAAAAGAAAGUUCAGAUAACUUAUCACAUAAGACAAGUGCGACUGACGAUAAUGAUAAAGUCUUUAAAAAAUAUACUAAUGGCGAUAAUAAAAUUGAAGUAAAUAUCAAAGGUGGCGAGUUGUUUUUAAAAAAUGAUAAUACCUCUGCUGCUAUAUGUGAUACAGUCGUAGGCACGCUCAAUAAUGCUAUAAUCUCUAACACUUAUGUUGUGGAAUCUCCUGAUCAAUCAAAUAAAAAGAAAUCAAAGUUAUCAAGCAGUAAAAAGAGCAAAAGUGUGGAUGAUGAUGAAUCUCCAAAAAUUACUGAGAUAACAGAUGAAACGUCCGCUUUAUUAGAUCAAGAAAACAUAAUAAGUUCUGUUGAGAAUUCUGGUUUAGUAGUUGAUAUGGAUUCAGAUGUAGAGUGGGAAAACACAGUAGACUUAGAAGAACACAAAUUGCCAAAAAUCGAGGAACUUGUUACCGGUACCUUGACUGUUACAUCGAUGCCUCUCACAGUAGCUCAUUGUGAGGAAGCCAAAUUGUUGAGCCCCGAAGAAGAGCAGUCCCUUCGACGAUAUUUACAAACCUUAAAUUUAGCAACUAGUCCUUCUACUUCCUUAGAAAUUAAAACAGAAAUUGAACAAAUAAUCAACAGUGAAAUAAAACAGCGGUUAAGAAAAAAAGGUUUUGCAGAUGAUGUUUUAUCGCAAAGACUCUGCCCACCAAGAACUUUAGACGUAAUUGAUGAAGAAUGUAGUGGCGAAUCUUCCAUUCAAUCAAGAAGACACUCUUACUUGAGUGACAAAAAAAGUGACAAUGAUGACUUAGAAGAUGACGUUUUUGAAAAACCUGGUAAACAAUCAGCAUUGAAGAAAAAUUACGACAUAUCCUGGAAUAAUAAGUUAAAAGAAAAAUCUUCUACGAGACAAAUACCACAGACAUGUGUACUCGUUGGAGCAAAACUAAAAGAACCGGAAAUAAGUGAAGCAAGGGGCGAUUGGAGUGUACAAACUGUAGAAAAGAUGACUGGCGCAGAAAUUGUUUAUUUAACAGAUUCGUCCAGCAGUACUAGCUCAAUAUACGAUGUCGGUGAAGAUGAAACUGAAAAUGGACAAGAUACAGACGUAUCUGUUCGCAUGAUAACACCCACUAUUGAAGUUACAGAUACAGAGAAUUUCUUAAAGAAAACAUUUAUUUCUGAAAAUAAAGACAACAUUGGUAUUGAAAAGCAGAAAUCAAUAAAAGCACAAGAUGACCUUUUCUCGAAUACGGAAGAAAGUUCUAAAAAAAAUCAUGAAAGCAAAUCGAGUGUUGAUGAAAUCGAUCGAAAUCUGCAUGAGGUUGUCGUUCUAACUACUGACAACAUUACGACAAAUCUAACAGUGAAGAAUGUUGAUGAAAUGGAAGAACCGCACGAUACUUUUAAAACUGCUGAAAAUCUAGCAGGCAAGACAGAAAGCACUUCUUAUUUUAUAAAAUCAGAGAACAGAUCCAAUUCAUCAAAACGUUUUCAUGAUUACGACUUGGAAAUGAAAGUGAUAAAAUGUGAAUUAAAUGAUGCUAUUAAUCAUUUAAUUAAGGAAGUAAGUGAUUCAGAAAUCGUGAAUGAAAGUUCAAAAGACAAUUUCACUCGACAGGAUUCUUCUAGCAGUUUGUCUUCAUCUCAAUGUACAGCUAUUUACAAUCCUAAUUCAUCACUUAAUGAUCUAUCCAAUAACGAUGAAUCGUGUCAUAUUAGCAAAGAAAUAAAAGAUUACACAAAAGAAUCAACUGCAACAAGUCACGUAAAGGAUGUCUUUGAACAUAUCGAAAUAAAUUCUGCACGUAACAUUAAAGAUUUAGAGCUAACCUUAGAGGUUAACCAACCACAAAGAUUGCGGGAUAUAUGUGUUGAAAAAAUAUCAAGUUUUCCUUACGGAUUGAAGAUAUUAGAAGAAUUGGCCAAUGUCUCUUUACGACUUCAAAGUAUUAAUAACCUUGGAACCGACGAAAAAAUAAACGAAGACCGGAUAAAAAUAACUAAAAAGAAAAAUUACGAUUCAAUGGAUACUUUCACCAAACAAACGUCGAACUAUACCAGGCAAACUGGGCAAAAAAUGAAAAACUCGGAAGAUGAUUCUCCACCACCCAUUCCUCCGCCUCCAAUUCCGCCUCCACCAGUUAUACCUAGAAAGACAUCGCUUAAAAAGUCUCAAGAAGUUCAAUCACCUUCUGAUAUACAGAAAGUGGAAGUACCCUACGUUUGUUUAUCUCCAUCACAAAAAAUGUUGAUGGAAAAAACUAACACUGUAGUUACUAAUAUGGAAAAUAAUUCACAAGAACAUAUACGCAAAAUAAAUGGGAGUCGUCCAACUGAGUUAAAAAAUCAACUGCAAUUUGAAAAGCCUAUCAUGCGCCCCUUAAAAUCGGAAACAGGAUCUCGUUUAAUGGCUUUAAUUUCUAAUCCUUCAAUUACGAGUAAUAUAAAGUCAUCACUUAAUAAAUUUAGUGAUGAACAAUCUCAUUUUACACAAAAGAUCGAAGAAACAAAAUCUUCUAGAAAAUAUAGUGAUCCCGACCAAAGAAAAUUUUCUUCAGAUAUCUUCAAGCCUAUUCCACCGCCACGACCAAAAAAAAUGACAUCUUCUUAUUACGAAAGCGACGAGAAUUCAGAUUUUGCUGAAAGAUCCUUUAAAACCAUGAAAAAUGAAAAGAAAUUCUUUCAUUUUUCUACUGGCAACUUAAAUAAGGAGAUUGAAGAUGACAUAUCGACCAUACAAAAUAUGCACAGAAAUUACGUAAAUGUACGAGAUCAAAAUAGGGAAGUAAGUAGUCCGCGACGACCCUCUUUACCGAAAGACUUAUGUGAACAACAAAUGGAAUAUAUUCGUCAAAAAGAAAAGGAAGUAGAGGCUGAGAUUCGACGUCUUGAGGAGGAAAGAAUAACACCGAUAGUCAGAAGAGGGCCUAGAGCUCCUAUGCUAACAGAAAAAGAUAUUAACAAAGAUACGUUAUGGAAUACAAGACAGAAACACACCACUAGAGGAACAAUAUGGACCACUGGAAAGAUGGAUAAAAGUAGAAAAGACAAAAAUUCUAAUGUAUUUAGUAGUAGUCAAGAAGAACUUCUCCGGGAAAAGAUGUAUUCUGAAUAUUUAAACGAAAUUGCAGAACGUGAACAAAGGAAACAUCAUAAAGUAAUCAAAAUAACUAAAACUCAUUUACCAUCAGACACAAGAUUGAUUUCAAAAAGUAUGUCAGCUUUAGAUGUCCUUGACACACGAGUUAAUAAUAGAAUAGAAGAGGAGUUUAUAUCAAAGGCAAGAGAAAGAUGGAACAAGCUCGGAAUAAGAGAUCCCGAGAGUGAAGAUGAAAGGAAAAAUAAAACAAAUGUGUAUAGGGAACCUAAAGUGAUUGAACAUAAAAUCAAAGUAAUUGAAGCCGGGGAAGAGAAAGACGUUCAUAAUUUGCCUAAUCAUUUGCAAGAAUUUGUUACUUUCACUGCGGACAAACACCAGGAAUCGGGAAGCACCGAGACCGUCAUGAUAGCGCCGACGUUCCGAGCUCGCUCGACGUCACCAGCGGUGUGGAGACCAGGAGCUCCAGCGCCGAACGUGUCACCGGGCGCACCGGUGUCGCCGGCUGCGGCAGUGUCGCCGGGCGCGGCAGCGGCCAGCCCCGCGCCGCCCCCGCCGCCGCCCCCCGUGUGGUCACCCGCAGCUUCCCCGCAGGCCCCGCGCAAACCCUUCAGACCUGUACACUUUGAAGACACGCCGCCUGCACGAAGGAAAUUUGUAAACACGGAGCAAAACGGGUGCACGAGCGGGUCAGAGAGCGAAGGUCGGUUGCGCACUUCCCUGAGCGCGCCCGCUGCCGGCCUCAGUGCGCUGGGCGCAACCAGCCGACUGCCCAAGGUGCAGAACCCUACGGUCACAUUACUGCAGAAAGCCAGAGAAAAUCAUUUAUCACGAGCAUCAAACAUACAAGAGAGAGAUCCACGACUACCUAGGGACAGGCCCAGUCCACCAAUCGGCGACCCAGUACAUGCGUUGCGCAAAGGGUAUCUCAGCGAAGGCGAGGCGGACAGAAGGGAGUACGUCCAUACCGGCAGUCGUAAGAUGGCCGAUGCCAACAGGAAAGUAGAAGGAAUCGGUCCUACUACUAGAGAAGGAAUGCCGGUUGCACUCAGAUCUGAGGUCAAAGAUCCUUCGAGAUGGUACAAGAAAAUGUACGACACGAUACACAAAAACAAAUACGAUGACGAUUAUGUGACUAUUCGAUACAAAAAUCGUCAAGGUCAACCGCCGCUACGUGUGUCAAGCAGCAGAUCUCAGUACGCGUACUUUGACCCGCGCUCGGGCUACCUGAGCGAGCCGGAGGGCGGGCUGGGCCGGCUGAGUGCGUGCGACGCAUACGAUAGUGAUGCUACAACUGGCCACCGGCGACGCACUGCCUCCGUGCAGGAAGACAGGAGGGAUGACUUCGUAUAUCUACCUAACAAUAAGUAUAGUACAUUAGCAUCAGCAAGAGCUAGUCAAGAAGUUUACAAAAACCAACCGGGAAAAAUAGAAAACUACGUUCCCGGAAAAUCAUCGGUCGUCGACAAGGAAGCGAAGCAGCAAAAUAUUUCAAGUACCACCUCUCUGCCGCAAACAUCGCCGAAAGAAAAGAAAGACGUUACAGCAACGAUAUUGUCGAAAUCUAACAUGGCUAGAGCUCUAAAGGAAUCUGGCUACGAAUCAGAUUCUACACUAAUUUUCCGUCGUCGGGAGGAGACCGAUGCCCCGCUGUCUCCCGCGGAGAGGCGAGCCGCCUACAAAGAUUUGCAGGCUGGCGGCGAACCGCCCCUCAGAGGAUUCCGCUCCCCGGCUCCGCCAAGACAAGAUGAAUCGGAAAUUGAAUAUAUUCCGAUCUCCUCCACUCUAACGAAGAUUCGAGUUCACAAAAAAACACCUCAUCCACAUGAAAUCGUCUGCUAUCCACUAACAAAGAUAAAAACUAGUGAUAUAAACGAUACUUCAAAUAAGAUUUUCAAAUUAGACAGACUAGACUUAGCGAGAGAUUUCCCUCCAGCGCCGCCAAGAAGAAUAUCUUCGAAAAAUAGCAAAACUUUAAAAUUUGUAACUUCAUCGAGACAUUCUUCGAUGUCACCUAUAAGGCCAACAGUAGAAGAUUCAAAUGUUAAUUUCCUUAAAAACAAACUAAAUAACAAAUUAAACAGACAAAAUAAACAUGUCAUUAUUAAAAAGGAUACAAAAAUGAACGCAAAUAAACUAAGUAAAUGUCGAGAAUUAUCUAUUUCUGCGCCUCCAUCGGUUAAUAGAAAAGAUAUGAGUUCAUCCACGUCUAUAUCUAAAAGGAAUAUCGUUGAGAGGGGAACUAGCAGUUUUAGUUCGCCUAGGAGAACCUUGCAACCGACAGAAUACUCUACUCAAAAUAGACCUGGUGAAUCAAACACUUCCGUUGUAAUAGAAAAUGGGGCUGGACGAAGAACACCGAUUUCUAAUAUAUUAGACAAAGUUACGUCUUUAGAUAAACUUUGGAGCUCUCAAAAAAGAAAUGAAAGAAUAGAUGUAGCAAAGUACAGAGAAAGAUCAAUUAAUAAAAUUGCUAUUACAACUACUAGUAGGCCUAGCCCAAGUAAAGCUUCUUCGUGUUUGGAUACUAAAACUUUACCUAGAAAUGUCACUCACAAAAGCAGGGAUAUGGUCCGCACUUCAGAAAAAAUACAAAAACUGAAAAGUUCUAAUGCAUUACCUAAACCAAAUUUUCCACUUACUUACAAAAGCGCAUCGAAUAAAUCUUCCAGGGGAUCCUUACAAGCAACGUCUAACAUUUCAAAGUCAACUUCAAAUAUUCCAUCUAACACGAAAAAACUAAAUAACAUACGAACAGCUGUUGUGACUAAUCUUAGAAAGAAAAAAUCCUUAGAAAGUAUUGUUAUAAGACCAAGGAGUGUACCUUGUCAUGAAACAUGUAAUAAAAAAACAAAAUAUCCUAUUUUGAAAAAAGAAUCUACUGUAAAAUCAAAGAAGAGCGAUACGUCGUUAGAUGUCGAAUCAGGUGCAGUAAAUAAGUCUAACAAUACUGAACCAGGUGGAACUGGUUUUGACUAUAGUUAUUCAAAGGAAAUAACUCGUAAACAAAUAAACCCUAAGGAUUUGAAAGAAACACGAGAUUCUGUUUGUUCAGAUUCCUUUUUUCGACAUCUUUUUCUAGGAUCAGCACCAGUUGUUAAUUCUUUAGCAGAACAAAGUAUGAUGAAUUCGGUUCAACAAAAAGCAAAACAUUUUCAAUCUCUUCCACAAACAAUAACUCAUAAUACAUCUAAUAAAUUUAACUCAUACUUAAUAAAUAGGAAACCCGUUUCACAUUCUCGUUUCAAGGCAUGGGAUAAAAAUUUUAGUCCCACCCGUAAUUAUAAUGCACGAUCAGUAUCAUGGCCUGGCAAAAUGGACGGAGAAAUACGAAAAUUCCAAAGCUUAUUAAAACCUGAUGGAUUUGGAUCAAUAUCUUCGUUAUCGACAAUUCGUAGCAAAAGCGAGCCACCAACUAAUAAGAUAUAUUUUUCCCAAACAUCAAGGCCCGUUUCUCCUAGUAUCGUUUUCAACAAAAAAACAGAAAUAGAAAGAAAAUCUGUCUCACCUUCUAAAAUAAUUUAUUUACAACCAAGAUCAACCUCUCCUUAUAGCAUACAUAGUACACCUCAUGUAAAAUUUUCGUCCGAGGAAACAUCAAAAAAAUUACAAAUGAAAACAAUUCAACCCGAAAAUGAUAAUACUCACAAUACAAUUUUCUUUUCACAAACGUCAAGGCCCAAAUCACCUAAAGUUAAAAGCACAUCUUGUAAGAGUAGAAGCCAAUCAACUUCACCCGUUUCAUUCAGGUCCCCAUCAUAUCGACGUAUACAUAAUGCUCGAGCACAAAGCCGGCAGCUUAGUGAAUCGUGUAGCAAAGAAAAUAGGACAAAAAGUGCCGAUAGUUUAGAAAUUAAUAAAUAUCGUAAAAAUGAAACAACAAGAGCUAAAAGUGAUACAAAUUUAUAUGCCAAUGAUCCUGAUUAUGAUGAAUAUAUUCACGAUAUACAAAACUCUAAACCUAGAACAGAAAGAUUCCGAGAACUAAAUAGGUAUUAUGCUUAUUUGGAACGAGUUGCCGAGCUUGAAAAGACAACGUCGACUUGCGAUUUACGACAUAGAAAGAAAGACGAAGAAAUUAUAGAUUUCGACCGCUGGAAAAAAAUAAGAGCAAUAGAAAGAGCAGAAGAGGAAUUGAACAAUCUUUACCAUAAAUUAAAACAAGCCCAAAGUGAAAAUAGUAUUCUAUUUUAUCCUAAGGAUCUAAAUGAUUUCCGAUGGAACUCUGGCAAAGAGAGAGGGCUUAGAGUUAAAGAAAAAUCAGUGGAAGAUUUAAAAGAAGAGUUUCAACAGAAACCUUACCCUGAAACAUCAGAAUCAAGCCAAUUUCAAGACCGAUACAAGCCGUUAUGGAGAGGGAAAAGUGUUGCGGAAACCGCAUUCAAUAUAAAUAAAAAGGGUGAAAUUGAACACAAAAAUUCACGAAUAACAAAUAAGCCCAAAAAAUCUGUUAGCCAAGAUACUUCUUUUAGUGAACUUCAGAAAAAACUCGGCCUUAAGAAUCAUCUAUGGAGUAGUUUGUCAAUGGAUCAAGUCAAUGCGUUAAAGAAUCAAUUAAAUGCAAUUUAUAGCAAAGAAUUAGAAACGAAAACAAAAAAAGAACAUGACAAGUAUACAGUUGAAAUAAAAGAUACAAGUAAUAUAAAUAAACCAGCAUUACAUGUCAGAUGCAACUCCUUAAUUUCAUCACCGACUACCACAGGACAUGGACAUGAAUUAAGCAAAUCUGAUUCAAUAGCGGCAAUCGCUUAUUCUGGAUCAUCUGAAAAAGAGAUGAAAAACAAUGUUAAUAAAUUGCAAAUGAAUUUAAGUGAAAUUGAAAAAAAGAAAAUAUCGCAGUCUUUAAGUAAAGAAGUUUUAAACAGAAUAAAUAAAAAUGAAAAGUCAGAAGUCAAACCCUUAGAAAUAAAACAGAAUAGUAAUAAAGAAAUUAACAAUACUUUUACGAAAAAUAAAAAUGAGCUGAAAUCAAGAUCUGAUUUAGAAAAUAAUUUGUCAAGCCUUACAACUAGAGAUAUUGAGGAUAGAAGAAAAAGACACAUAGUAUAUCCAAUCGAUAAUACAGAAACUACUUAUCAUUCUUCCACAAGUGAGACAGAAACUGGUAGUUCCGAUAUCUCAAAUAAAACUGUAAUUUUCAUGGGACCUAAUAAAGAAGUUUUAAAAAAAGUGGAAUAUUUCGAAAAUGUUACCAGUAUAACAAAACCCAAUAAUAUUUAUAGCUCGAGAGAAAACUCUGAGAAAUCUAAGAAUCCAUUAAAAGUCAACUCUUAUUGCCGUGAUAAUAAGGAAGACCAAAAACCUCUAUCUCAAUCACAAUCUUGCACAAAUAUUAAGGAACUCUUCGGUGAAAGCGAAAAAAAUAAAUUUUUGUCAUUACCUUCCCAACCCGACCUACAUUCAAGAUCGCCCUCGCCUUAUUCGGAAGUAUGCAUUAGCGAUCGACAUACACCUGACACGCUACGAUAUUCCAGCGACGAGGCCAUGUGGCGCAGUCGGACUCCAUCGCCCGAUCCGGAGCGGUACUGGCGGGCUUACAUAAAGCUGGCGCGCGCGGGGGAGGUGCGCCGCCUCGCGCGAAGGUUCGACUCGCCCUCGGCAGCCGGCGCCGUUCUCCGCCGACAUAGGAGCGAUCCCGAAAUCGCACGAAAUGUCAUUAACUGGUCUGCGGAAGAAAAAAACUCAUCACAACGAGAAAGAUGUAGAGCCAUAUUGCCAGUAGUGACUAGAGUUCCGCUCCGCCCUACGAACCGUUUUAUGCCCCACAUCGAUGUUAUUUCGAAGUUAGCAGCGUUGCGUAAACGGACUUCGCCUCGGUCCAGAUCCGCGGAAGAAGCUUUAGAAUGUCGUCCAGGUGAAGUGGAACGAAUAAGGAAACGUUUCGAGUCGAUGUCACUUUUGGGCCCGAUAUAUUCUUCUGCUCCCGACGUUCGUGAGCUACACGACAUAGCACCUUAUUUGGCGGGCUCGUGGAUCGCGCAUCGCUACCCGAAGCCCAGUGACAACAACAGGUCAAUUCCAAACCCUGAAACACUCAUUAAUGGUCACAAAUCUCCAGUAAAAAAAGAAACGAAACUCGCAAUGACUAAAGAUUCAGUGAAACUUAGCUCUAUUUUGAAAUGCGAUCAGUUAGCUAAACAAGAGUUUGACCCCGCGGCACAUCGGCCGGCCAGUCGUUAUGAGCCCCCGCGAGCACCGCCGCGGCCACCGCCCGCCGCCUGGCCCCAGCGCCUCGCGCCCUUUGUCACCGCCUCGCGACACACCGUUACAUUUCAAGAGAACGAUUCAGCCCCGGAGCCGCCGCGCAGGGUAACGCACGGGAGCUAUUCAGAUACAGAAUCCCCGUCGCGGCGGUACGUGGAGGGCGACGUGAACAUCCACUACAGAUGCCCGGUACGCCGCGAGCCGCUGCCGCUGGUGCCGGAGCGCGAACUGGCGCGACACCAAGCCGAGCACAUGAAGCGACUCUACCGCGACCAGAAGCGACACAAAUACCUACAGGAAAAAGACAUUCAUCUGUUCGACAUUGAAGCCUUUGAUGCAUCAAUAAAGGAGCUUCAAGACAUGCAGAACAGGCGGCAUCAAGAUAACUUUAUGCCGUCACAGAAGACCGUCGUUCCUCUGAACAGAUAUGAUGAGGCGGAGAAGCUGGUUGCGAAAGCGCUAUACGCAUUCAAUGGACAGACGCCGAGGGAACUUACCUUUAAGAAGGGAGAUCUGAUAAAUGUGAGACGACAAAUCGAUUCAAAUUGGUACGAAGGCGAAGUACACGGCAGAAUCGGACUGUUCCCGUAUAAUUAUGUUGAGAUUUUAAAAGGAGACACGCAUACGCAUUCACCAAAGAAGCCGGUAGCGGUAGAAGGACAAGCCCGGGCGAAAUUCGACUUCACGGCUCAGACUAACCUUGAAUUGCCGUUGAAGAAGGGUGAAGUGGUAGUACUGACAAGGCGCAUCGACCAAAACUGGUGGGAGGGCAGGAACGGUGCAAAAACCGGCAUCUUUCCCGACAGUUACGUUACCGUACUACAGGAGCCAAGUCAGGCUGAACCUCCAUCAUCAGCACAAAAUGCAUGUAACGUGGAGAAGCCGGCAGCGUCGCCCGCGGCGCACGGCCUGGUGAACGGUGCGGCCAGACGCUCUCUGCAGCAGCACAGCUACACGCCGCAGCACAACAGCCCUGCGCUCGCCAACGCACCUCCCGCCACUGCACCUCUACCAGUUUCAGGUUAUUUAGCGAAGCCGGCGCAUGCAACAUUAGCGCCGUCGGAGCGCGGCUACGGCGCAGCGCCCACCGGCGACCUCAAUAACGCAGAGCCGCUGUACGUCGACACCAACGCAGAGGCUGUGCCGUACCGUGCGAUGUACAAGUACCGUCCGCAGAACCCGGACGAACUGGAGUUGCAGGAGGGCGACACGGUGUACGUACUGGAGAAAUGUGACGACGGCUGGUACGUCGGCUCCAGCCAGCGCACCGGACGCUUCGGCACCUUCCCCGGUAACUACGUGGAGCGCAUCUGAUAGCGCCAGCCGUCGCUGCUGCGUCGGUUGCGCCGCGCAACCUUCUGCGCGCGACGUUCUCACUGACUCACGCACACACGCACACACACCGGUCAUACGCACGAGGAAACACAAACAUACCAUAAUCUUACAUACAGAUUUUAAAUGUAAAUUAUAACGUGCCAAAGGUUUACAUUUUCUGCUCUUUUUAUUUAUGUCUUUCUGUAUAUCGAAAUAUCACACGCGCAUUACUACUAUUUUUAAUAUGUACGUAGAAAUUAUAUUUAUAAUUUUUACCCGAGGCUUAAAGGUGAUGUACGUGUGAUGUUAAGAUCCGUUUACUAAUUAUACUUGAGCUAGCUAUGUAACUAUCUGAUAUAUUAUAUUGCAUAUCUCCAAGUGCGUAUGACAAUGGUGAUAAUGGACAAUUUAAUUCAACAUAUACGAUAUUAAUCUACAUUGGAGCUUUUAUAUUUUAGCACAUUAGACUACGUGUCAUAAUAACGUGAUUGUCUUCGUCAUCAAGUAGAUAUAAAUAUGUAACAAUUGGUUUUAAUAUUUAUUACCUUAUUGGAAUAAAUAACAGUUUAUCGCAUCAAUGUUAGAGUAGUUAAAAUAGAUCUUUGUAAUUUUAUGUAACGAUUUAUAUUUAACGUUGUACGAAUAUGAUAAAAAUGAUGUUACCAAAAUACAACCAUGACUUUUUAUAACAUUUUGUAAAAUAAUAAUGUAAGUUCAACCAUAUUACUGUCAUGUACAAAUAGUGCCCAAAUAUUUAAUCUCCAAAAUAUUAAUAAUUACUUUUCCUUUCUAUAUGUUCUAAAGUCUUCGUUCU